CCCGCGCCCCGUGCGCCUGAGCGCCGAGCUCGCUCCUCCUCCGCGCCAACUCCGCCGCCGGCUCCCCAGGCCGCUUGGGCUCCGCGCGUGAUUCCCCGGGCUCCACGCGUCUUGCCCCGCCGAGGCAGCCUCCUCUGGGCGCGGGCCCCUGCACACCAUGGCCCCCGGGCGGACAGGGGCCGGCGCCGCCGUGCGCGCCCGCCUGGCGCUGGCCUUGGCGCUGGCGAGCGUCUUGAGCGGGCCCCCAGCCGCCGCCUGCCCCACCAAGUGUACCUGCUCCGCCGCCAGCGUGGACUGCCACGGGCUGGGCCUCCGGGGGGUUCCCCGGGGCAUACCCCGCAACGCCGAACGCCUUGACCUGGACAGAAAUAACAUUACCAGGAUCACCAAGAUGGACUUCGCUGGGCUCAAGAACCUCCGGGUCUUGCAUCUGGAAGACAACCAGGUCAGUGUCAUCGAGAGAGGCGCCUUCCAGGAUUUGAAGCAGCUGGAGCGAUUGCGCCUGAACAAGAAUAAGCUCCAGGUCCUCCCGGAAUUGCUUUUUCAGAGUACACCGAAGCUCACCAGACUAGAUCUGAGCGAAAACCAGAUCCUGGGGAUCCCGAGGAAGGCGUUCCGUGGCAUCGCCAACGUGAAGAACUUGCAACUGGACAACAACCACAUCAGCUGCAUUGAAGAUGGAGCCUUCCGGGCGCUGCGCGAUCUGGAGAUCCUCACCCUCAACAACAACAACAUUAGCCGCAUCCUCGUCACGAGCUUCAACCACAUGCCGAAGAUUCGAACUCUGCGCCUCCACUCCAAUCACCUGUACUGUGACUGCCACCUGGCCUGGCUCUCGGAUUGGCUGCGACAGCGGCGGACAGUUGGCCAGUUCACACUCUGCAUGGCUCCUGUGCACCUGAGGGGCUUCAACGUGGCAGAUGUGCAGAAGAAGGAGUACGUGUGUCCAGGCCCGCACUCAGAACCUCCAUCCUGCAAUGCCAACUCCAUCUCCUGCCCCUCGGCCUGCACUUGCAGUAAUAACAUCGUGGACUGUCGAGGGAAGGGCUUGACUGAGAUCCCCGCCAACUUGCCAGAGGGCAUCGUCGAAAUACGCCUGGAACAGAACUCCAUCAGAUCCAUCCCCCCUGGAGCCUUCACCCAGUACAAGAAGCUGAAGCGAAUAGACAUCAGCAAGAAUCAGAUAUCAGACAUUGCUCCAGAUGCCUUCCAGGGUCUGAAAUCACUCACAUCGCUGGUGCUCUAUGGGAACAAGAUCACGGAGCUUGCCAAGGGACUCUUUGAUGGACUGGUGUCCCUACAGCUGCUCCUCCUCAAUGCCAACAAGAUCAACUGUCUGCGCGUGAACACAUUUCAGGACCUGCAGAACCUCAACCUGCUCUCCCUCUAUGACAACAAGCUGCAGACCAUCAGCAAGGGACUCUUUGCCCCUCUGCAGGCCAUCCAGACCCUCCACUUGGCCCAAAACCCGUUUGUGUGUGACUGCCACUUGAAGUGGCUGGCCGACUACCUACAGGACAACCCCAUCGAGACGAGCGGGGCCCGCUGCGGCAGCCCGCGCCGGCUGGCCAACAAGCGCAUCGGCCAGAUCAAGAGCAAGAAGUUCCGCUGCUCAGGCUCAGAGGAUUACCGCAGCAGGUUCAGCAGUGAGUGCUUCAUGGACCUCGUGUGCCCCGAGAAGUGCCGCUGUGAGGGUACCAUUGUGGACUGCUCCAACCAGAAGCUGGCCCGCAUCCCAAGCCACCUCCCCGAAUACGUCACCGAUCUCCGACUGAACGACAAUGAGAUAUCUGUUCUCGAGGCCACCGGUAUCUUCCGGAAGCUGCCCAACCUGCGGAAAAUAAACCUGAGUAACAAUAAGAUCAAGGAGGUGAGAGAGGGUGCCUUCGAUGGAGCGGCGGGCGUGCAGGAACUGAUGCUGACCGGGAACCAGCUGGAAACGCUACAUGGACGCAUGUUCCAGGGACUCAGCAGCCUCAAGACUCUGAUGCUGAGGAGUAACCUGAUCAACUGUGUGAGCAAUGACACGUUUGCUGGCCUGAGUUCAGUGAGGCUGCUGUCCCUCUAUGACAAUCGGAUCACCACCAUCACCCCUGGCGCCUUCACCACCCUUGUCUCCCUGUCUACCAUAAACCUCCUGUCCAACCCUUUCAACUGCAACUGCCACUUGGCCUGGCUUGGCAAGUGGUUGAGGAAGCGGAGGGUCGUGAGUGGGAACCCCCGGUGCCAAAAGCCAUUCUUCCUCAAGGAGAUCCCCAUCCAGGAUGUGGCCAUCCAGGACUUUACCUGUGAAGGCAAUGACGAGAGCAGCUGCCAGCUGGGCCCACACUGCCCUGAGCAGUGCGCCUGCGUGGAGACAGUGGUUCGCUGCAGCAACAGGGGGCUGCACGCCCUCCCCAAAGGCAUUCCCAAGGACGUGACCGAACUGUACCUGGAAGGAAACCACUUAACAGCCGUGCCCAGGGAGCUGUCUGCCCUCCGACACCUGACACUUAUUGACCUGAGCAACAACAGCAUUGGCGUGCUGAUGAACUACACGUUCAGUAACCUGUCUCACCUCUCCACGCUGAUCCUGAGCUACAACCGGCUGCGGUGCCUCCCCAUCCACGCCUUUGACGGGCUGCGGUCUCUCCGGGUGCUGACUCUCCACGGCAAUGACAUUUCCAGCGUUCCCGAAGGCUCCUUUCGCGACCUGACGUCUCUUUCCCAUCUGGCACUGGGAACCAAUCCACUCCACUGUGACUGCAGUCUGCGCUGGCUCUCAGAGUGGGUGAAGGCAGGGUACAAGGAACCCGGCAUCGCCCGCUGCAGUAGCCCCGAACCCAUGGCUGACAGACUCCUGCUCACCACCCCCACCCACCGGUUCCAGUGCAAAGGGAGGGGUGACCGUGACCUGCCACCAACAUUCUGGUUUUGCUUUCCAGGGCCAGUGGACAUCAACAUUGCAGCCAAGUGUAAUGCCUGCCUCUCCAGCCCGUGCAGGAACAACGGGACGUGCAGCCAGGAUCCCGUGGAGCUGUACCACUGCACCUGCCCCUAUGGUUACAAGGGCAAAGACUGCACCGUGCCCAUCAACACCUGCAUCCAGAACCCCUGUUGGCACGGGGGCACCUGCCACCUGAGCGACAGCCACAAGGACGGGUUCAGCUGCUCCUGCCCUCUGGGCUUUGAGGGCCAGCGCUGUGAGAUCAAUCCAGACGAUUGCGAGGACAACGACUGUGAGAACAAUGCCACCUGCGUGGACGGGAUCAACAACUACGUGUGUGUCUGCCCUCCUAACUACACAGGUGAGCUGUGCGAUGAAGUGAUUGACCACUGCGUGCCCGGGAUGAACCUCUGUCAGCAUGAGGCCAAGUGCAUCUCCCUGGACAAAGGAUUCAGAUGCGAAUGUCUCCCCGGCUACAGUGGGAAGCUCUGCGAGGUGGACAACGAUGACUGCGUGGCCCACAGGUGCCGCCACGGGGCCCAGUGCGUGGAUGCGGUCAACGGCUACACGUGCAUCUGCCCCCAGGGCUUCAGCGGGCUCCUCUGUGAGCAGCCCCCACCCAUGGUCCUGCUUCAGACCAGUCCCUGUGACCAGUACGAGUGCCAGAAUGGGGCCCAGUGCAUCGUGGUACAGCAGGAGCCGACUUGUCGCUGCCCCCCAGGCUUUGCCGGCCCGAGGUGCGAGAAGCUCAUCACCGUCAACUUUGUGGGCAAAGACUCCUACGUGGAACUAGCCUCCGCCAAGGUCCGGCCCCAGGCCAACAUCUCCCUGCAGGUGGCCACGGACAAGGACAAUGGCAUCCUUCUCUACAAGGGAGACAAUGACCCCCUGGCGCUGGAGCUGUACCAGGGCCACGUGAGGCUUGUCUAUGACAGUCUGAGCUCCCCACCCACCACGGUGUACAGUGUGGAGACUGUGAAUGAUGGGCAGUUUCACAGUGUGGAGCUGGUGAUGCUAAACCAAACCCUGAACCUGGUGGUGGAUAAAGGAGCCCCCAAGAGCCUGGGAAAGCUCCAGAAGCAGCCAGCAGUAGGCAUCAACAGCCCCCUCUACCUCGGAGGCAUCCCCACCUCCACGGGCCUCUCGGCCCUGCGCCAGGGCACAGACCGGCCGCUGGGCGGCUUCCACGGCUGCAUCCAUGAGGUGCGCAUCAACAACGAGCUGCAAGACUUCAAGGCCCUCCCGCCACAGGCCCUGGGAGUGUCCCCGGGCUGCAAGUCCUGCAUCGUGUGCAAGCAUGGCCUGUGCCACUCCGUGGAGAAGGACAGCGUGGUAUGCGAGUGCCGCCCGGGCUGGACCGGCCCACUGUGCGACCAGGAAGUCCGGGACCCCUGUCUGGGCCACAGCUGCAACCACGGGAAAUGUGUGCCAACCGGGACCUCGUACGUGUGCAAGUGUGCAGAAGGCUACAGCGGGGCCACGUGUGAUCACAAGAAUGACUCCAACGCCUGCUCUGCCUUCAAGUGUCACCAGGGGCAAUGCCAUUUCUCCGAUCGAGGGGAGCCCUUCUGCCUGUGCCAGCCUGGCUUUAGUGGGGAGCACUGUGAGCAAGAGAACCUAUGCCUGGGGGAGGUGGUCCGAGAGGUGAUCCGCCGCCAGAAGGGCUAUGCCUCGUGUGCCACGGCCUCCAAAGUGCCCAUCAUGGAAUGUCGUGGGGGCUGUGGGCCCCAGUGCUGUCAACCCACCCGCAGCAAGCGGCGGAAAUACGUCUUCCAGUGCACCGACGGCUCCUCAUUCGUCGAGGAGGUGGAGAGACACCUCGAGUGCGGCUGCCGCCUGUGUUCCUAAGGCCGACUGCCCACCUGCCCCCCCACCACUCAGACUCCAGCUUCGUGGGGCUGGGACAGCCGUGGGGGACCCCCUUGAGAGUCGAGGUGAAGAAGUAGAAGCUGGAGAGAAAGCAGAAGAAGAGAAUAUUAAGUAUAUUGUAAAAUAAACAAAAAAUAGAACUUAUUUUUAUUAUGGAAAGUGACUAUUUUCAUCUUUUAUUAUAUAAAUAUCACACCGUCUGAGUAUAUGUACCAUAUAGUGAGUUAUUUUUACCAAGUCCUGUGUAUUUGUUGUGGUUUUUAUAAACAGCUGUUAAAAUUUCUAAGAAAAAAGACUAAUAAAAAUGUUUUAAAACAAAAGGAUAAGAAUAAAGAAGUGAUAGCCUGUCCGAGGAGAAAGAAGGAAGUUUUUAUGCUGAUGAAACAGUUUCAGGUCAGCAGAAACCAAGACCUGCUCACUGAGCUCAGGGAAAGGAAUGAUAAGAGGAAGAGAAGGAAAAGAUUUUUCUUUGUUUCUUCUUACUUUUAAUGACUCUCUUUUUCUUCCCUAAAAGCACCCAGCUUUUAAGUCCUGUUUGCUGAAGGCCAUCCUUCCAGGAAAAGCCGCUGCACCCUGGCCACCUCCGCCUCACAGUCGCUGCCCCCACCUGCCCCAGGCCCUCCUGCAGACCCCUCUUCUCCCUCCUGGCUGGCCCUCCCUGCCACCACAGGGUCGUUGGAGACUCUGCCACAGGCUUCAUCUGAGCCUGCUUUGCCAAAUUUUAAAACACCGCCUCUUUUCCUGCCCCUCUCCAGGUGAGUCAAUGGAAGGGGUCAAUGACAUCUCCUCAGGCCCCAACCACUGGCCCUUCCUUUGAAAGUUCUGAACCAUCCUGUUCUCUCCAGCCCAUUUCACAUUGGAAUGCAGGACUAGGGGAGCAGGCAGCCAGGGCUAGGGGGAUGAGGAAGGCCAGGAGCCCAGACUGCCCACAGCCCUGGUAGAUGUCCAACUCUGGAAAGUGCUGGGAGAAUCUGGCUAUGGGACAAACAAGCCUCUGCCACCUGAUCCUCCAGGCCACCCUCAUGAGCUGUCAUCACAACGCCGUGCCCAUCUGCAACACUUUCCAACACGUAUCGGUACUGCACCGGUUUUCAUCUGUGCCAUCCCUGCUCUGUGCAAUUCCUGCUCCCAUAAGAAGGGUAAAGCCAUACGGCCCCAUUUCACAGACAAACACGCCUCUCUCAAGCUCUGUAUCUGGCCUGAAGCUAUAUAUCUGAUAAGUAGAAGAGCCAGACUCAAAGCUCUGGGUUCCUUCUCUAAAUAGCGUAAACAUAAGAAAUUCACAGGUAGUUCAUCAGACAAGCCCUACCAGGAAAAGAAAGUAGAUGUUCUUUACUACUAUUUUUCCUGCUUGUGUUCAAGUCUGGUUCUGUUCCCCCCGGUAUCCAGAAAGCUUCUAGAGAGUUAUAGAUCAGGGAAUGUGAGCAAAGGCAACUCACCCAAUGGAGAUUUGCCCGUCUGUCAGCUCCCUCAGACUAGUACAGACGCUCAGGGUCUCAACUGCUCAGCCCAAUGCCUUGUCUCUCACUCAUCCCUCCUGCCCCUUGGGGGCCUCCCCUGCAGAAGUGUGAGGGAGGGUGAUGUGGGACUCAAAGGACCUUCCAGGAUGGAGCUUCCCCAGAGGAGCCUAGUGGUUCUGUGAGGACCAACAGUGGGCCAAAGGGUCUAAGAAUCAAGAGGGAGGCAGAAAAGGAAGAUGGAAGAGCACAAGGCAAAUGGCAAACAAGGAGGGGAGGAGAAAAGGAAAGAAAGGAUGGGUGGGGGAGAACAGAAG